AUGAAUAGGAAACGAAUCAAGCUUAUCGACGAUGUCGAAGAUGAUUUUCCUGUUCGCAACUCAUGCAGCAAUCGUUUUCGCUAUCGUUCGUUCAACCUCCUGCCAAGUCGUAGCGUUGCAGGUCAAAGCAGACAGAACAUUUUGGACACGACGACCAAGUUAGUCGUCGCAAUGGAUAAUUCUGUGUGCCCAGCAUUGUCGGUGCUUGGAUUGUGCCAUGAGGCAGGACAUGAACUUAUUGACCGGACAAAAUGUACAUGUGCUGUGCAAAGUGCAAGGACUUUCCACUCUAAAGUUUGGUUAAUCCAUAGCCAAGCCAUUAACGUGUCGACGAAAAGAUUUUCAACGCACGCUGUAGGUGUAGCCCAAUAUGUGAGUCAACACCUUCGUUAUCGAGAAGGUUUGUGA